GUGUAGGUAUAGAUACUACACAGAAAGAGCUAGAAUUUUGCAAGUUAAACAUAUUUAUAUGUAUAUCUAAAAUUAAAACACAUUUUUAUAUUUACUUUCCAUACUUGCAACUAAUAACGUGCAAGAAAACUUAAUAAAUAUGGUAUAUUUUUAAUUACAAGUGAUUUUUUGCGAUGUUUAAACGGUUUAAGUGCCCAUUUUGAACUGAUUUUGUGUCUAAUGACACCGGAAAUGUAUAAACCAACUCAAAGAUAUUUACAAAGAAAAUCUUCCAGCAAACAUGAGGUACGCAAAGAAGAAGUGCUCGCUAUAAGGAAUAGGUUUCCCGAAAAAAUACCUGUUCUCAUUAAAAAAUAUCACAAAGAAACUCAGCUGCCCCCAAUGGACAAAUCGAAAUUUUUGGUACCCAACGAUAUUACAUUGUCACAAUUCCAAACACUUAUACGCCAACGUAUGCAGAUGCCAAAAACACAAGCUCUAUAUUUUCUGGUUAAUGAAAAGUCGAUGUUGAGUCAAUCACUGACACUGGGACAAGUAUACGCUGAAUAUUGCGGACCCAAUGGAUACCUAAACAUCACUUAUGCUUCACAAGAAGUAUUUGGUUAUCCAAUGGAUGCAUCUAUACCUUCUGAAAGCAUAACUUAUAGAACGGAGAAAAGAAAUCAACCUGUUGAAAAUGUUAAUUUAGACAUUUCUACAUCGAUAGCACUUCGAUGACUUAUAAGGAGAUUGAAAAAGACUGUUACCUAUAAUUAAAAGGCUAAUAUUUAAUUUUACUUUUAAUUUUAGAUUUAAAAAAUUGUGGUUUGUUACAAUUCAUUUUACUUGAUGCCUACGAGAGAUGUAAAAUUAGUUUAAGAAUUUCAACCAUGUAAGCUCCUCUUUUUGUAAUAAACUUUUUUGUAGAAAAAAUCACU